CGGCAGCGACACUGGAAACGAAAACCUUCUUUCCCUUCUCUUUCCCCAUGGCACUAAUUUAAACCCUAAGCCGAAACCCACUCGCUCAAUCCCAAACCAAACUCAAAAUUUCGAUAUCACAAUCCAAGCCAGAGUCAGAGACUAGUAUUUAAUUAAGUGGUGUAUUAAUAAAUAGGAAGUGUGGUGUGCAUUAAGGAGGGGUUUAUCUUCGCGUUUACUCCUUUGUUUCUAAAAACACGGAGCGGUAAAUCAUCAAAAACCCGGCGCCAGAGAUGGAGGAGCCCGUAACGUUCAAGAACCUCAGCAGCCGAGAGUACCACGGCCACGAGAAGAAGGUCCACUCUGUCGCUUGGAACUGCGCCGGCACCAAGCUCGCUUCGGGCUCCGUCGAUCAAACGGCCCGGAUUUGGCACGUUGAGCCCCACGGGCACAGUAAGGCCAAAGGUGUGGAAUUGAAGGGUCACACGGAUAGUGUGGAUCAGCUGUGCUGGGACCCUAAGCAUGCUGAUUUGGUUGCCACUGCCUCCGGGGACAAGACCGUUCGGCUUUGGGAUGCUCGCACCGGGAAGUGUGCGCAGCUAGCGGAGCUGAGUGGGGAGAAUAUUAACAUUACUUAUAAGCCCGAUGGGACGCACAUUGCGGUUGGUAAUAGGGACGAUGAACUGACGAUUUUGGAUGUUCGGAAAUUCAAGCCAAUUCACAAGAGGAAGUUCAAUUAUGAGGUUAAUGAAAUUGCUUGGAACACAACAAGUGAUAUUUUCUUUCUGACAACUGGAAAUGGUACUGUUGAAGUACUAUCAUACCCAUCUCUUAAGCCAGUUGAUACUCUCAUGGCUCAUACAGCUGGUUGCUAUUGCAUUGCAAUUGAUCCAUGUGGAAGAUAUUUUGCUGUUGGGAGUGCUGAUUCCCUGGUCAGCCUGUGGGAUAUCUCAGAGAUGCUCUGUGUGCGAACGUUUACAAAGCUUGAAUCGCCUGUGAGAACAAUAAGCUUUAACCACACUGGAGAGUAUCUUGCUUGUGCCAGUGAAGACUGGUUUAUUGAUAUUGCAAAUGUUCAAACUGGGCGGACGGUGCAUCAAAUUCCAUGUAGGGCUGCCAUGAAUAGUGUGGAAUGGAAUCCAAAAGGCAAUCUACUUGCAUAUGCCGGGGAUGACAAAGUCAAACCCCCUGGUGAAGGUAUCUUUAGGAUAUUUGGUUUCAAAAGUAGCUCGAGCUAGUGUCUUAUAAUUAGAAUCUGUUUUCAUCUAAUCUCUACUCGACCGUUAGUGGAGGAAUCUUGUUUAUUUUAACAAAACUUUUGAAACUGAAAUUCCAUAAUCCAGAAACAGCUUGCUGUCUGAUAUUAGACAACAGUUGACCUUUUCCAUUUA